AUGAAGAAAUUGACAAUCCGUAAAAAAGCCAGUGAUUCGAAAAAGAAGCAGUCUGAGUUGUCAACUGAGGUGGGUAAUGUGACGGUAGAUGAGGUGUUGAUUGAUAGUUCUGAGUUGGUUUUAGCAAAUGUAGAUGGUAAUGCUGAUGAGGUUGAGGAUAGUAGUGAUGAUGAUUAUACAUAUGAUGAGGAACUUAGGUUGAUAGUAGAUAAGGAGGUUGAUGAACAAAACAGCAGAGACAUAUACUUUAAUGAUGAUGAACCGCAUUAUCCUACAUUCAACCCUGAGGUUGAUUUCAAGGGUAAGAUUAAUUUGUGUUUAGGCCUUAAGUUUCCUUCGACAUAUGUGUUUAGAAAAGCACUAAGGUACCAUGCUAUUGAAUGUGGUUACAAUUAUUAUUACCUGCAUAACGGUACAAAUAGGAUAAGUGUGUAUUGCUACAACAGAUGCGAUUGCAUGAAAUCGAAAGGUAGAAUUGUGAACUGUGUUUGUGGGAAGGAGAAGAAGUGUUAUUUUAAGGUUCAUGCCAUGAAACUGAAAGACGAGGAGACAAUUCAAAUAAGGAAUGAUUGGAGGGAGAAUCCAACUUGGGAAUUAAAGGCGUUUAAGAAACGGGUUAAUAGAGAGUUAGGUUGUGAAGUGAAUGAAGAGUAUAGCAGGGUGUGGGAUUAUGCGGAAGCUAUAAGGAGGUUUAAUCCAGGAAGCACUGCAAUCGUUAAAUGCAUUGGAAUAGACACACCCCCACCUUUGUUCCAAAGGAUGUAUAUAUGCUUGACAGCGUGUAAGGAGGGGUUUAUUGCUGGCUGUAGGCCUAUUAUAGGUGUUGAUGGGGCACAUCUGAAGGGCAAAUUCCCUGGGGUUUUGUUGACUGCUGUAGGUAAAGAUGGGAACAAUAAUAUCUUUCCCAUUGCAUGGGCUGUGGUUGAAACAGAAAAUGUAGAAACUUGGACUUGGUUUCUAAAUCUUCUGGUAGAGGACCUUAGAUCGGUAACUGCAUCGAGUAGUUGGGUUCAAGCAGAAGUUGAAGCUUUCACCUUCAUGAGCGAUAGGCAAAAGGGUUUGGUUGAAGCUUUGAACUCAGUGGUUCCUGAAUGUGAAAUUAGGUUCUGCUGUAGGCAUAUAUGGGCGAACUUCAAGAUCAAGUUCCCUGGAGAGUUGUUCAAACAACACUUUUGGAGUGCAGCCAGAGCCUACAACAAGCUGCUAUUCCUGCAAAACACUGGUCUAGCUGCAAAACACUAUGUCCACGAAGCGUAUCUCAUAGACACGUAUCGAAAAACGUAUAGUCCAAAGUUUUAUGGGAUGCCAGGACACAAAAUGUGGCCAACAAGCACUUUAGCCAAACCACUUCCUCCACCAUAUCGAAAGAUGCCUGGAAGGCCUAACAAGAGGAAGAGAAAGAAGGAAGUUGGUGAAGGUAAAGGAGGUAAGAAGGCUGUUAAAGAAUUCAAGCAACGGAGAUGUGGUAAUUGCGGUGACCUAGGUCACUAUAAAAAGGGCUGCAAGAAUCCACCUAAACCACCACCAACAAAGACCCAGUCCAAAGGUGGAAGGCCUAAAAUGGGAUCGUCUUCUACUCAACAAUCUACUCAACAAUCUAGCUCCACUGGUCAACAACAAACGCAAAAUGCUGCAUCUACUUCAUGUCUAAUGGAUCAAAAUAGUCAAAUAUAG